AUAUGCGCAAUUUUGGAGGCCUCUCAAGAUUUUAUUUACAUAGAGAUCAACGGCAGAAGCGUAUGGUUCAAUCGGGAAAAAGAAGUUAUUGCUUUUAAAAAGAAAGAACUUUGCGUAGAAAUGAGUUUAUUUGAAAAUGAAAACUUUGCAAUGGAACCUCUUGCCCGCCUUGAAUCCGUACAGCACUUGCAUAUCCUGGGAAACAAUAAAACUGUCUCAUUUAGAGAGUUCUUCGCCGCUCUAGGAAGGAGAACUAAUCCCGAGCUACAGAGUCUGGUUAUGACUAGUCCGCUCGACUUUGAUGAGACUAUGGAGUUGGCCAAAAUUACUUCAUUGACGAGCUUCAAUGGCUCCCUCUCUGAUGCACGAAGCUUUCAGCACUUACUCCACUUAAGCGAUUUCGAUGUCAAGGAAAUUUUUAUAAGCAGACACAUCGAAUUUAACAAGAGCACUGGCGUUUUGCUCAUUAGAAUUUGGAAGGAUGCCCAAGGGAGCGACACGGACCUAAACCCUCUUGCUAGGCUGCCGAAUUUGCGGCAUGUAACAAUUGAGGGACCCUUCAAAGAGGGCUCCAUGCAUAGUUUCUUUGGGCAGUUGGCCACGUGGCAAGCCGAGACUUUGCAGGAACUGGAUGCGGGCUAUUACAAAAUGAGCAAUAAUGAACUGAGGGAAGUCUGUAGAAUGAGGUCUCUCCGAACACUGAAUUGCAGCUUAUCCUGUGCAAAAGACUUGGAACAGCUGGCAGAACUUCCACAGCUGGCAGAGCUGAUUGUUGUGACCCAUGAAAAGGGCUCCCUUCAGAACCUUCUUGCAAAGCUGGCCGGCAGGGAGAGCCACACACUAGAACACUUGGAUGUAAGGAGCGCAGCUCUCACCCCCGAAGAGGUGAAGGCAGUGUCUGCAAUAAGUUCAUUGAAGCGGCUCACGUCUGCGUUCUGCUGCACAGAGGGUCUCGAUGUCUUGUCAAAGCGAUCCUGCAUCGAUGAACUGGUCAUAACAACUGGGAAAGAUGAAACCUCUCCGAUAGAUUUGCUCACUGCUUUUGGAUCUCUUGGCGAAUCAAAGAUACAGAAUUUGAAAAUCAAAGGUCCGGCUGCCGAUCAAGAACCAGCCAAGGUAUUGGACAUUGUUUCCCAAAUUCCGAAACUAAAGUCCUUGGAGAUCCCAAUCAAAGAUACCCAGGGCACGGAGGGAUUGGCCGAGUCUUUGCAUCUGGAAACGUUGACAAUAUCCUCUACCCCGGAAAGGGGUACUCUAGAAGGUCUUUUCGGUGCACUUUCAUUGAAGGCUUCGAGCAAAUUAAAGAAUUUGGAUUUAGGGAGAUCUUUCGUUGGCCUUGAAGAGGCUCGCCAUCUUGUGCAGGUUGAUUCAAUCACAAGUCUAGUGUGUGGCUUCAAAGAUGAGGAAAGCCUCUCACUCUUGGCAAACAUGACUAAUCUUGAGACCAUAGACAUCACUUCCACACAUGUAUUUGAUACUAUUUCCGGACAUCUCCUUGAAAUCUUCCGUGGAUGUCGAAAACUAGAGUAUAUCAGUUUGGGAAGCACAAACUGCCGCAUGUGGGAAAGCUUCCUUAAAAAUUCCGUGGAUAUACUGAAAUCAGUGAGAGAUCUCUCAGUUCAAGCUCCAUUGAACAUACGGAUCUCCACAUCAUCUCAAGCAUUUACAAACGAGAUGACUGCAAACGAUAAAAUGUAUUUGACUGUCACCUCGAAAUCCAUGUAAUAAUGCAUAUGUACAACAUAAGUAUGGAAUGGACAUGGAAUAAAAGACUCUUCCAGCUACUCCAUAACACUUCCAAAUCGAAAUCGCUUCACUGAAAUAUACUUUUAGGCUGAUGGGAAAACGUGCAAGAAUCUAAGAGAUACACACACAUACAACGGCUG